CCUAUUUAAGCCCUCCAGGAUAGAUGGGUUUGUGAGAAAGAUCUCUCUCUCUCUCUCAGCAGGAUUUGUGACACAGAAAAGGAUGGGAAUGGAUAUCUCCGCAACCAUUCAAAUUGAGAGGAAAUCAUCCAUUGAGAGUGAGCCACGAACGCUUAACAUGAAUCAACUCAAAUUUGCAAGGGAGGCAGCACUUUAUGUUAUGCAAACCAGAAAUAUCGAAGAGGCUCUAAGCAUUUUCACAAAGGGUUUGGAGCCAGUGGUGAGUGCUGUGAAUGACAGAACGAAUUUUACAGUGGAGUCAAUGGAGGACUAUGAUAACUUUACAACUCAGUUAAGACUUUCAGCUGAUGUCCCAAGAAUUAGGAACGAUAUAGCUUCUGCACCUUUUUGAUCUGAUCGCUUUGAAGUUUUAUUCCUUUCAAUCAAUUUCCAUAACACAUGUACAUGAUGGAAUUUUCCUUACCAUCAAAGAACAACGUUUAUAAACAUAUAUAUGGGAAGAGGCUUCUCUGAACAUGAGGCAUAAGCAAUGACUUUUUCAUUCAUUCUUCAGAGGAUUGAGAAAAAAUAAUAAAAUAUUUAUAUGAGGAAGAGUUGCCUACUCCUCAUGUUCAGAGAGUCUUUUCCCUAUUUAUAUAUAUGGUUGAUUUAAGAAAGCUCAUGUGUGUUGUCACUA